CUGGUCGUGCGUCGGAAUUAUUUAUCGUCGAUUCUCGUGAACGCUUUGUUGGCAGAUGCGUCUGAUUCAUAUCUGCGAAUGAGGUUAUUGAUUGGGAAAAGAAAAGGGUUUGGGUUCUUUUGGGUCGCUUCGGGCAAAGUUAAUGUAGGUAGGUAGGUACCUAGACAACCGCAAAGCGCGAAGGUCUAUAAAUUACCUACCUCUAGGUACCUAGGCAGAUACUAUUCAGGAUACCUCAUCAACAUUUCCUGUCCGUCUCAAAAUCUACCAACAGUAUUUUCGCGAUUGAAAAUGUCCAUUACCGAACUAAUCCAGUAUAUCCGAGUCGCGUUGGUACGGCUAGGGAGGACCAGAAAACGGAGAAGUCCCGUUGCCCCUAUUCUUGAAGAGACGCACAUAGCCGAUUUGACCCCAGAGAGCGAUGAUCCAAUGUCGAACAGCGAUGAGGAACUUCGUGGGUCUGGCUACGAAGAUUUGGGAGUUAGCGAAGGAAACCAGAGCCCCAACGGCUUCACCUUCUACACUCCCAAUUCCUCCAACCCAAACGCUUGGACAAAUGCAUUCUGGGCAAAGAAUUCCCUAGAGAACCACAGCACUAUCCAAGUGUCGGCGAUGAAAUUCUUGCGCCCUGAUGCGACAGUGGGAACCAAAUACACAUUAUCCUGGCGAAUAGAAAAAGUAGAGUCAAUAUUUUCCUCCACUUUUGAGGUGAUUCCAGAUCCCACCAACGGAUCCCAGCGCCAACCCCAGGUAGUUAUUGGAAUCGAGCGGUCCUCUGAGGUUGACAAAGGUCAAUCCUGGAUACCUUCUUCAUUGCUACCGGACCAGUCUUCCGCUAUGGGUAGGUAGGAUACCUUAACCACGUCCAUUAGUUUGUCAUACUUUCCAGACACUUUGCUAAAGGACGCAGAUGGAACCCAAAUGUUGCCAGGUAAUCUGGUCGAACCAUGUCGAACCAUUAUCAUUUUACCUGCGCCAUGUAGUAUACUGUGCUCGAAGUAUGCACAUGCGCAAGAAAGUGU